AUGCUUGAAGGUUAAUAUAUUUCUUAAAACUUAUACUUUUAAGUAAGUAAUUAAAUCAAAAGUUUUACUAAAUGCACAAAAGUUUUUGAAAUAAAAAACAAUUACUAUAACUUUUUGAAUUAGCUAAAUACAAUCUAAUCUUAUCAAAAUUAAAACAACAGAAUUAUUUUGGUUAACUUAGGCUAGGGACCAUCUCCUUACAUUUACUUCUUGUUGUAAUUUAAUCGCAAAGAAAUAACCAUUUUCGGUACUUAAUAAACAGUAAUAACUCUAGAAAAUCUUACAAAAACAAAUGAUGAGAUUACUCCAAACAUACUGAUCAAUAACUCCAUCUUGCUUAUUCGCUCAGAUUAAUAAAAUAUCUGCUUCAACUAAAACAUUUAAAAAUUAUCACUUAAAAAUUUAAGAGUAGUUGGAGAAAGCAAAACUAAUGAUUAUGGCUAAAUAUUAGAUUAUACUUAAAUAGAAAAUUCAUAAAUUUAAUAUUUCUAUUAACAAUAUAUAAUCAUACAAAAUUGUACAAUUUCAAGUAUCAAGAUAUCAAAUAUGUAGUCAUUGUUUUUUAUAAAAAAUGCCUACAAUGUUAUAAUUAAGCGUUUGAUAAUCGAUAAUUGCAUUUUAGAUGAAAUCUCUGUACUUAUACAAAUUUAAGAUGCUGAUUAUGUUCAAAUUGAAAACUUAACCAUUACAAAUAACUAAUUCUUUAACAUUUCAAGUAUUUUUCAUUUUGAAAAUAUAAAUAAUUUGUUAUUUAAAAAAAUAACAAUAAUUAACAAUUAUCCUUACUCAUAAAAACCCUUCCUAUAACAAUCAUAAUAUUUAACAAAUUCUUAUGUAUUUUAUUUUAUUUCUACUCAUUACCUCAAAAUUACUAAUAUGAUUGCUUAAUCUAAUGUUUAAUUAGCAAUAGUUUACUCUUAAAAUUUUAUUGAAAAGCUUAAUGAAAUUUAGUUUCAAUAAGAUGAUGAAAUAUUAUUUAAUAACUUAGUACUAGAAGGAAAUUUAUAUACUAGCACAAGGGCAGAUUUUUCUUUUGUUUAAAUUAAAGGAUCCCUAAUUUCGUUUGAGUCUUCAAGAAUUUAAUCUAAUCAGUGCAAUUAGUGUAACGGCACGAUAAGCUUAUAUAAUUUCAUAAAUAUCAAUAUAUAGCAAUCUUCUUUUAUUUCAAAUAUAGCUUUAAAUGGUGGAGCAUUCUUUAUUAAAGAUACUAGUUUAACAUAUGGGCUAAAUAUCUCAUCAUCUAAAUUUACUUCUAAUGUAGCUCACUUAAGUGGUGGAGCUAUAUACUUAAUUAAUUCUAAUAUUAUUGAUAUUAUACUUACUAAAUUUAGUUCAAAUAGAGCUUUAAUAGGAGGCGCUAUUCGCUAAAUCGGUGCUUAUUCAGAUUUGCUUUUUAAGAAAUAAGAUUUACUCAAAAGCAACUUUGUGAUAUUUAAAGAUAACAAAGGAUUGUCAUAUGGAAAUGAUAUUUGUGCAUAUCCAUCAAAAGUGUUGACUCACAUAAAAAUAAAUAAUUUGUAUGAUAUAAAAUAAUGCAAUAACAAAAGUAUAUACUUUGGUAAUGAAAUUUAAGAUGUAAAGCUAAGAAGUGGCAUUUCCAUUGAUGUCAAAGUUUAUUUCCAAGAUUAACAGUAAUAAAUUUUAAAAAUAAACUAUGAAAAUUUAUCUGAAUAAGAAAUAUAAUUGCUCGAUUAAGAAUAUUAAAACACUAUUAUCUAUUUAAAGUAAGACAUAAAUGAUCAAAAUGGUUAUAAAAUAGAUGGUGGUACAAUUAUUUCAGCACUAUAAUCAUAUAAUUUUAAAACACAGUCUUUUGACUUUACAAAUUUAAUCUUUACUGGUACACUUUAAAAAUGUUUUAAGUUAUAAAUACAAUCUCUCUUAAUAAAUUAAGAUUUUUUAUCCUUUUUAGAAAUUGGAUCUUACGAUGGUGCUUUUACUAUUUGUUUUGAUAUUUGCAAGUAAGGAUAAAUACCUAUUCUCACAUCAAUAAAUGAGAUAGUAUGUCGUGUUUGUGAAGAAGGUAGCUAUUCUUUGUAUUAAAUGCCAAUCUAGUAUACAUUUGAAAGUAUAUAAAAGGAAGAUUUUAAAUGCUAAAAGUGCCCAUAAGGAUCUCUUUCUUGCUAAGCAAAUGAAAUUUUAUUAUUGGAUGGAUAUUGGAGAAGCGAUGACCAAUCUGACAAAAUUUACACUUGCAAUUACUUAUAUAAUAACUGUGUUGGACAAUCAUAACACUCAAAGAAUUAUUGUGCUGAAGGAUAUUUGGGUCCAUUAUGUUCAAGUUGCGAUAUUUUUGGAGAAGUAUGGGAAAGUAGAUAUAUUUUACUUCAUGAUUUGACAUGCAAAGAAUGUUAAAAACCUUAUAUUUAAAUCAUUUUAAUUAUCAUAUUUGUAAUUACUUUAUUGAUAAUUUGCUUUCUCAUACUGCGAUUAAUUAAACAAGGCAUAUAAAAAAACUCAAUUUGCUAGUAUCUGAGACAUAUGAAAUUACUACCACUCUCUCACACUUAAAUAAUUUAAAGAUUUUCAAUCAUAAAAUGCUUAAUAAAUUUUCUGUAAAUCUCAAUUAUAUGCAACUUAAAGGAUGGAAUAUUGCCUCUCAAUGUUAUAGAGUUAUUUAGAAAUCCCCUUCUAUUCUUAAUUUACAAAUUUGAUUGUUUUUACCCAAAAGAUUACCAGCCAAUAAUAGUGGAAUUAAGAGUUUACAUGAUAGCAAUUUUCUCAAUUUUUUUUUUGGUAAUGAUGUUAACCUUUCAUAAGGAAUCACGAAAAAGUUUAAACUCUAAAAAAAUUCAUCCAUUUAUUUACUAGAUUCUAAACUUUAUUAUUUAUUUGUUUUCGCCUUAGAUUAUUAAAUAUCUAAUAGAGAGUAUAACUUGUUUUGAGGUUGGAGAUGAAGAAUAUUUAGUGGUAUAUUCAUUGUAGAAAUGCUAUGUAAAUGGUACUGGCUAUGGUUUAUUUGUAAACAUAGUUGUUAUACCAUCAUUAGUUUUGAUAUUUCUUUAACCUUUGAUUAUUUUCUAUAAAAUUAGAAAGUAAAAACAUAUUUUAGACUAUCUUUUAGUUAAGUAUAAAUAUGGCUUUCAUUAUAUAGAGUAUAACUCAAAAUAUUAUUGGUGGGAUUUGCUAAGAAGUUACUUCAAAUUUGUAAUAAUACUUGCAACAUCUAUCAUUUACUAACAGGAUGAUUUUUAAUAUUUCUUUCUUCUGAUUUUGGCAACUAUCUAUUUGAAUUUUUAAAGCAAAAGGAAAAUCUUUGUGAAUAACUAUAUUUAGAAAUUAGAAACUAUAUCAUAUACCAUAUUAAUUUUAUAAUUUUCAAUACAAUACAUUUAAAGAAUCUACACAUCUUACAUAUUCAUUCUAAAUCAAAUAUUCUUUAUGAUUUAUCUUGUCUUUAUUCUGGUCUGCCUCACAAUAAUAUUAGUGAAUAUAGAGAUAAAAUGUUUUUUAAAGUAAAAAGUUAAAAUAUGGAUUUUAAUCUAUACAGUAUUAAACAAAUUCUUAUCACAUAAAUACUUAUCACUGAUAUUCAUAAAUAAACCUAGAUACAUAAAAAGCGGUCUAAAACCUCUUCUAACAUGGAAAUACUUACUAAGAUAGAGAUCAGUUAUCAUUUAAAGCAAAAUAGAUUAUCUAAAAUGUUCUAAAGAUAAAUAGCUGAAACAAAAUAUAAGCAACUUGCAGGUAAUAUAGUAAAAAUAAGAACGAACAAAUACUAAUAGAUCAAAUGAUAAUAUUUUUAUAAGAAAAAAGAAAGCACUAUCUAAUUCUAUUAAUUUAGAAUCCUAAUUUUAAAGCCAUCAAGACUGGAAGCACUCUAUAAAUAGUUCAUAAAUUUCUGAGCACAACUUUGACUUAAACAAGCUAAAAAUUUAAGCUGUUUUCUCUUAAAAUAAUUCAUUUUAACAUAGUAUAUUUUGUCCAUCGUCUAAAAUUUAAUAAAAAAAUUUAGUAGAUGAUGAGUUAAGUAACUUCGAUAUCUAAUCUGAAAAAUCUUAAAAGCAUCAAAUUAAUUUAUGA